AUGUCUGAGUCAGUGUAUGUGGCGAUGUGUCGCAAAAUAGGAACCCAACAACAGGUGUCAAUCAGGAGGGAAAUAGUCGACAUUAAUGAGUGGUUAACAAAUCAAGCAGAAACUCGACCGAAAAAGAGUGUAAUAAGUGGAAGUCAAAAAGAAGGAUUCAGAUUAGAAGGAUCGGACGUAGACAUUAUGGAGUGGCUUACUCAUGUACGUGUGAUCUGGGACCUUCAUCAAUAUAAGUUUUACAACAUACGCAGACAGGUGCUUUUUGUCUGUGACAGUUCCGCAAGUCCACCAGGAUUCACUUUACUUUUGUUAUUUUCUGUUGGGUAUCACCAAGAAAUAAAAGCACCGUAUUUAAAGAUAAAUGAAAAUAUCUAUCUAUCAAGUUCUCGAAUCAGAGAGAUGGUAUGUGAAGAAACUUUUUUGACAAUGCAUGGGCCAUGUAUGAGUGGUAAAUUGCUGACUUCUGUAGAGUUUGAUAUUGCAAUUUGUUUUGCCAGUGAUUUUUGGCCGCCUUCUGCUAUUUCAUGGAUAGAUAGAUGUCGCACAUGGCCUCCAAUUUCUGUUGUCAACGACAUUGUCAGAAAUGGAUGUCAUUUUGUACCGAUAGGACACAAACUGGGGAACCAUGCAGACAACGAAUGGAGGAUUUCUUUCUCUCAGGCUGAAACCAAACUUGUAUACUCGAUGAGUCACACACAAUUCUUAACUUAUGGUUUACUAAAAUUGUUCUUGAAGGAAAUAAUUAAUGAUGGCGUAAAAGAUAAAGAUAAACUAUUGUGCUCAUAUCAUAUGAAAACAACAGUUUUCUGGGCAAUUCAACAACAUGCCUUAUCAUAUUGGUGUCCACAAAAUCUUCUGGCUGGUUUCUGGAUCUGCUUUAAACUCCUUCUUAAAUGGGUGUAUAAUGGGGUCUGUCCUAAUUUUUUUAUUCCACAAAACAACAUGUUUUUGGGCAAAAUCCAAGGUAAAACACAAACGCAUUUAUUUAGGCGACUGUAUGAUAUGUAUAAGAUGGGUAUAGCAUUUCUGUUAAACAGUCCUUCUAUCAGGUCCAGUAUGUAUAAUGUCCUUUAUAAUCCCCAACACAAAGAUUUUAUACAGGAGGACUGUCCGAUAGCCAAGGAUAAUCUUGAUGCAAGUAUAUCUGAUGAGAUAGGAAGUCAAUGUUUAUUUGGAAAUCAAGGAAAUCUACAAAAGUAUUUACAUCUUAUUGAGCAAAUGAUAUGUUUACCCUUAACACGGUGUAAAGUUGCCUGUUUACAGAAAACUACAGGAUGUAUCUUUCGUUGCAUUGCGUUUACAAUAUCACACAAUUGCACAGAUUCAAACAAACGUGAAUAUGUUGUUGACAAAAUGAUUCAUAAAAUGCUUAAAUUAGCAGCUCAGUUUGGUUGCGUUACUGAUCUGUUGUUCAUUUCCAUGUAUUAUUAUAAGACAUGCAGGUACAGGAAAGCGUUAUCUGUAAUAGAGGUUUUUUGGGGGAAACGCAGGUCUAGGAGUGAGCCUCAUUUUCUAGGUCUUCAAAAAAACAUUCAUUUUAUUGACGAAUUGAGACCAGAACAACACGCUUCAAGGCAAAGGUCGACAGUUCUUCUGAUUCCAACUAUCGUUUUGUGUUACAUGCUUGAGUUUCUGUGCUCUAGACAUGUAGACACAAUAAGAGCACAAGCAGCUCUAAAUGAUCUCCAGGCUGGAUUGAACCUCGUUCUUUAUUAUGACAGUUUUGAUUUCGGGGACAUCUCCUGGGAAAUCCUUGGGAUCUGUCAACAAAUCGCAGGGUACCACCAGGCUGCCUUGUACUCGUACCAACAAUCACUCAGACAAGUUUCAAUGGCUUCCAUAGAAACUGCCACGAGACAGAGAAUUCGUGAUUUACAAAUAUAAACUUUGGAAUCAUGGCUGUGGUAUUUUUCCUUUGACGAUUGAUGUGCAUUAUUAUUUAAUACUAGCACAGUUGUAGAGCAAAAUGUUAGAGGUAUUUUCCAAUUCUGGAAAGUUAUGCAUGUUCAAUAACUUCAAAAGUAUCCGCGAUAACAUCUACUUGAACUGCUUAACAAGCUCAGGAAAAUUUUCAAAAAGUGCAUGACAUCAUACAAUUCGUGUCAAACAAUGUUUG